GCACAUGGAAAGCUGAGACCACGUCAGAAAAAGCUCAAAUAUAUGAAACCUUGAAUCUCCAAAUUCAGAAACAAAUUCUUCAUUUGCACGAUUACAUCAUUCUUUACCCUCUACCUUCCAAAAAACAAUAUCUUUAUAUUCUACUAUAGAUAUAUAUAUAUAUAUAUAUAUAGAGAGAGAGAGAGAGAGAGAGAGAGGAGAUAAAGAGCGUGGGGGUGAAUAACCACCAGACCCAGAUGAUCGAGAUGGCAACAACAGCAGGUUUUAGUGGAAGAGAAGUAUGGAAAGCACACGCAGCAAUGGCGAUGGUGCAGGUUUUCAAUGGAGGGUACCAUGUCAUCACCAAAGUGGCUCUCAACGUUGGAGUCAACGAGCUCGUCUUCUGCGUCUAUCGCGACCUUAUCGCCCUCUCCAUUCUUGCUCCUAUUGCCUAUGUUCGUGAAAAAAGGGUUAGACUACCAAUUACAAGGCGCCUCCUCUCGUCGUUCUUUUUUCUUGGAUUGACUGGGAUAUUUGGGAAUCAGCUUCUGUUUCUUAUUGGUCUUGGCUACACAAAUCCAACUUAUGCCGCAGCUAUACAACCUGCAAUUCCAGUCUUCACUUUUAUAUUGGCUGUAAUGAUGGGUACAGAAACAGUGAAUCUGCUCAGGACUGACGGUCAGGCAAAGGUUGGAGGUACACUCGUAUGUGUUUCAGGCGCCAUAUUAAUGGUUCUGUUUAGGGGCCCAUCCUUGUUUGGAUAUAAGGAACCAAAAUUUGCAGCACAAAGUGAAAUAAGUAUCAGGGGUCAACCAGAGCCUGCUGGAUGGUUGAUUUCUAAUUUCCUGGAGUUUGGGCUUGACCGCUGGCACGUUGGUGUCUUAUGUCUGAUAGGGAAUUGUAUGUGCAUGGCGGCUUAUCUAGCUAUUCAGGCUAAAGUUCUAGUGAAAUAUCCAUCCAGUCUAUCAGUGACAGCAUUUUCUUACUUCUUUGGUGCGCUACUUAUGGUAGUGACAGCAUUCUUUACGACCAACGAAUCAACAAACUGGAAUUUGACCCAGUCACAGUUUUUUGCUGUGUUCUACGCUGGAAUCAUUGCAUCUGCACUUAACUAUGGCCUCCUGACAUGGUCUAACAAGGUCCUAGGGCCUGCUUUGGUCGCUCUUUACAAUCCACUUCAACCUGCUGCAUCUGCCUUCCUGUCAAGAAUUUUCCUUGGAAGUCCUAUUUAUUUAGCAAGCAUUUUAGGGGGAUCUUUAAUUAUUGCCGGGCUUUAUUUGGUCACAUGGGCAUCCUACAAGGAAAGACAGGCAGCUAUCGGAAUUAUCCCUCAAGUUUCUCAGGUCUCUGAACCACUCAUUCACAGGGACUCGUCUCUCAACAAGAAUCCGUACCAGAGAGCACACAUUGUCUCGGGGCAGUCCCCCUCAUUACCUAAAGUUGUGGAUUAAGCCAACAUAUGGUGGAUGUCACAGUAUCCUCAUGAUAGUGUGUUUUAUAGUAAACUUUGUUAGAGUCAGCAUUCACCUUUUCGAUCUUUUUCAGAGUCGAUGUAGAGAGGAAUGUUUAAUCGUGUAUAGUAAAGCAAUAUUCUCUUGCGACCAGUUUAUCUCCGGCUUUGUUGCAGACACUGACAUUAGCAGCAGCAAAAUGUUAUGGCUGAUAUCCUUUUCCAUGAGAUCAUCUUGAAUUUACUUGUAAGUCAGAUGAACUUAUAGCUCCGGAUUCUAGUGUAUGGAUGGACCAAAGUUUUAUUUAUUUAUUUAUUAUUAUUGCUAUUA